UCUAGUUUCUGAUUGAACUUCAUGCUUCAGUAAAGAAACGGGUAGAUUUCUGAAAAGGCCUUAGAGCAUCUGAAGCUCCUCUUUGCUUCCUAGGUCCUUCUCCCCUGACAUCAGUUCUGGGCUUCCACAUUACAGAACUCUAGGGGCACCAUUCACACCACGCCGUGAGAGUAACCAUUUCUGAGGUUGUCCCUGUGAAUAGAAUUACAGUUUCUUAUGUGGUUUUCUGAUGUAGUUGGGAGUUCUAUGUCUGCCUCACUCACUGGUCUUUAAUUGCUAUUAUAUUAAUCUUUGUGAUUUUUGUUCUUUUCCACAUGAGCUCUCUUCCUGUGGUUUGAGACUGGAGCAGGGAAGUUACUUAGGAAGGUUUUGCAGUAGGACCACAAGUGAUGGUGAUGGAAAGGAGAGAAUGGGUGAAAGAUAUUUGUGGUCUUUAGUGUGGCCUUCAUGAUCUGGUCCCUGCAGCUUCAUCUCCCAUGUGUGACCUCGUUCAUACCACAGAAAGUCUUCGGAAAUCAAAAUUAUCUGCUCUGAAAGCUGAAAAAGAAAGUGCCAAUUUUGAUUUUAUUUUGGAACCUUAUAAACUUGAAAAUGCAAGAUUGAUCAGGGAAAAUAAUGAAUUAUACCUGGAAUUAAUGAAACAGAGAGAACAAUCAGACCAACACAUUAAAGAGUUGAAAACUACAUUGAAGAAGUGUGCACGUGAAACAGCUGAUCUCAAAUUUCUAAAUAACCAGUAUGUUCAUAAAGUCAAACUUUUGGAGAAAGAGAGCAAAGCUAAAAAUGAAAAAAUUCAACAACUCCAAGAAAAGAAUUUGCAUGCUGUAGUGCAAACUCCAGGUGGCAAGAAAAGGAGUAUUGCUUUCAGGCGCCAGCGUAUGCAAAUUGACGAACCAGUCCCUCCCUCUGAAGUCAGUUCAUAUCCAGUGCCUCAGCCAGAAGACCCUUACAUUGCAGACCUCCUGCAGGUGGCUGAUAACAGAAUUCAAGAACUUCAACAGGAAGUCCACCAGUUACAAGAAAAAUUAGCAAUGAUGGAAAGUGGACUGAGAGAUUAUAACAAGCAGAUUGAGCUAAGAGAGCGAGAGAUAGAACGACUGUCGGUCGCAUUGGAUGGUGGUCGCUCCCCUGACAUCCUCUCUCUGGAGACUAGAAAUAAAACCAAUGAAAAGCUUAUUGCUCAUUUAAAUAUUCAGGUUGACUUUCUUCAGCAAGCUAAUAAAGACCUGGAGAAGCAUAUACAAGAGCUUAUGGAAACCAAGGAAACAGUAACAACUGAAGUUGUUAAUUUAAGUAACAAAAAUGAAAAACUCUGCCAAGAAUUAACUGAAAUAGACCAGUUAGCACAGCAGUUGGAAAGACAUAAAGAAGAAGUACUUGAGACUGCUGAUAAAGAACUUGAGGAAGCAAAGAAAGAGAUUAAAAGAAAACUCUCUGAAAUGCGGAAUCUUGAAGAAACAAUGGCAAAACUUCAGCUGGUGAGUAGAUGUCAUAUUAAAGUGCCAGAGUUUUUGGAAUUAAACUUAUGCCAUAAAGAAAAGGAGAGACUGAAUGAUGAACUCCUUAUAAAAUCAGACCUGGAAACUGUUGUUCAUCAGCUUGAACAAGAAAAGCAACGACUUUCCAAAAAAAUUGAAAGUUUUGCAGUUACAGAAAGAGAACUUACUUUGGAAGUUGAGAGAAUGAGACUAGAACAUGGAAUAAAACGUCGAGACAAGUCACCUUCUCGUUUAGAUACUUUCCUGAAAGGUAUAGAAGAAGAACGAGAUUUUUAUAAGAAAGAGCUAGAAAGACUCCAGCGUAUAAUACAGCGAAGAUCUUGCUCUACAAAUUAUUCUGCACGUGAAAAAAUUCCAGGAUUUAAAACGCUAGAAAAGGGUGAUUACAAUUCAGAAAUUCAUGUGAUCACAAGAGAAAGAGAUGAACUUCAACGUAUGCUGGAAAGAUUUGAAAAAUAUAUGGAGGAUAUACAAUCCAAUGUUAAAUUAUUGACAGCAGAAAGAGAUAAACUAAGUGUCUUAUAUAAAGAGGCUCAGGAAGAAUUAUCUGCUCUAAGACAAAAAUCUACCCAAACCACAGUCCCCCAUAAUAUUGUUAGUCUCAUGGAAAAGGAAAAAGAACUUGCAUUUUCUGACUUAAGAAGGAUUACGGCAGAAAAGGAAGCUUUAAAAGAAAAGUUAAAAAAUCUCCAGGAAAUGAAUCUUUUUGGAGCAUCAGAAUUAGAGAAAACUAUUCAACAUUUGACAUGUGUUAAUCACCAGCUUGAAAGUGAAAAAUGUGAAUUAAAGUCUAAAAUGUUAAUAAUGAAAGAAACAAUAGAAUCAUUAGAGAACAAUGCACUACUCCAAGCUCAAAAACUUAGCCAUGUGGCUGGUGACUCAUCUCAUCAGAAAACAGAGAUGAACUCACUUAGGAUAGUAAAUGAGCAGCUACAGCGGUCAGUUGAUGAGUAUCAGCACCGACUUUCCAUAAAAAGAGGUGAACUUGAAUCAGCCGAAACACAAAUUAAAAUUCUGGAGGAAAAAAUAGGUAAACUACACCUUAAGAUGACUUCACAGGAUGAAGAGGCUCAUGUAAUGAAAAAGACCAUUGGAGUCAUUGAUCAGGAAAAAGAUUUUCUUCAGGAGACUGUAGAUGAGAAGACAGAAAAGAUUGCAAACUUGCAAGAAAACCUAGCUAAUAAAGAAAAAGCUAUUGCUCAGAUGAAGAUAACAGUCUCAGAGUAUGAAUCAUCUAUGAACCAGCUAAAGGAAACAUUGAUGAAUCGGGACCGUGAGAUCAGCAGCCUCCGGCGCCAGCUUGAUGCAGCUCACAAAGAACUUGAUGAAGUAGGAAGAUGUAAAGAAGUGUCCUUUAAGGAAAACAGAAGAUUGCAAGAUGAUCUGGCUACAAUGGCAAGAGAAAACCAGGAAAUCUCAUUGGAAUUAGAAGCAGCAGUGCAAGAAAAAGAAGAAAUGAAGAGUAGAGUUCAUAAUUACAUAACUGAGGUGUCACGAUGGGAGAGCUUAAUGGCUGCCAAGGAAAAAGAAAAUCAAGAUUUGUUAGAUAGAUUUCAGAUGCUUCAUAACCGUGCUGAAGACUGGGAAGUUAAAGCCCAUCAAGCUGAGGGAGAAAGCAGCUCGGUUCGACUGGAACUCCUUUCUAUUGACACGGAGAGGAGACACCUUCGAGAAAGAGUGGAUCUAUUGGAAAAAGAAAUUCAGGAGCACAUAAAUGCACAUCAUGCCUAUGAAUCUCAGAUCUCAUCAAUGGCAAAAGUGGUAUCUAGAUUAGAAGAAGAGCUGAGACAUCAAGGAGAGGAGAAAGCAGCAGUAUUAAAUGAUAUGUCAUCUCUUAGAGAACUUUGCAUAAAGCUUGAUUCUGGGAAAGAUAUUAUGACCCAGCAAUUGAAUUCCAAAAACCUUGAGUUUGAGAGGGUCGUGGUGGAAUUAGAAAAUGUAAAAUCAGAAUCAGACCUGUUAAGAAAACAAUUGUCAAGUGAGAGACAUACAAUUAAAAACCUUGAAUCAUUGUUGGCUACAAAUAGAGAUAAAGAAUUUCAUUCUCAUUUAACCUCCCAUGAGAAGGAUACAGAAAUUCAGCUACUAAAAGAGAAGUUAAGCCUUUCGGAAAGCAAAUUAAAUAGUCAAAGCCGGGAAAACACCAUGCUUCGGGCUAAAGUGGCACAGUUACAAACAGAUCAUGAUGCUCUGAAAAGGCAGAUUUCAGCUGAAAGAUAUGAACGAGAACGAGCAAUCCAAGAGAUGCGUCGCCAUGGUCUUCCCACACCACCCCUCAGUUCUACUCUGAGGUCUCCUUUACAUUCUCCUGAAGACGUGAACUGAGAAUUAUCAGAAAGAAUGAUGACUUUCAAUGAGUUUGCUAUAUGGAUUUCUUUAAAGGACAGAACAGUAAUGAAAUAUUUGAAGUACUUGUUUCUGAAAAUCAUGAACAUUGACACAGAUUCUACCUCGGUCAACUUUUAUUUAAAUCAGUGAAUAUUUAUGUAAAAAAUUUGGUUUGAAAGAGCUGAAUGUGUAUAUUUUCAUAUAUAUAACAGAACAAAAUAUGUAUUAAUAGUGCUAACUAAUAUCUGUAUUUUUUAUUAUUCCUGACUUAAAUUACUCCUCAAAGUGUGUUUAUACUGUGAAUUAGUAUAAUGUAUUGUUCACAUUAUGCUUUAAUAAUCUUUUUCUUAAUGAGCCGUGAUAUAUAUAUGUAAAUAUUCUUACAUACUUGUUUUCAAAGUGUUUUUAGUUUUCAUGCCUGUGUUUAUAACCCAUAUCUUUUUCACAUUCACAAAGUAUUAUCAACUUUGAUGGUAUGUUGUCACACUUAACUUUUUUCUUCUGAAUGUAAAAUUAAUUAUUCACCAAUUUGCUGUCUGUCAUCGAGGGGAAUAUAUUCAGGUCUAUUCUUAUAACAGCAGAGGUCUUGAUAAAAUAAUAAUUACCAUAUGUGAUUUGUUAUUGCCAACUAGAAGAACGGUGAUGGCAAAGAUACGUUUAUGUGUUAUAUACAAAAUUAUAUCAUUUUGGCUAUCACAUGUAAUACAAAUUCUAUCAAAUCAAAAUAAAGCUAUGUUCAGAUUUUUGUAAAUCAAUAGAACAGAAAUUAGGGACACUUUUCAGUAAAUAAAAUUCCUCACUAUAUUAAUCUAAAAUUUCAGAGUAUAAAAAUAGAUGGGGUAAAUUUUGUUAAAAUUCUAAUAUACAUUCAAUAAUAUCAAUUUUUUUGCUUCUAAACCUGUAUGUUGUAAUUUAUGAGUCUUCCAGAACAGUAUGUAAACACUGAACUGUGGCAUAUUAAAUAGAAAACAACUUUUUACAAUUAAUAUACAAAGUUGUAAUUUUUAAGAAUUUAGAUAUAUACGUAUAUUAGUAGAAGAACAGAAGUACAAAACAGAAUGCCAGAUACAAAAACUAAUCGUGUUUGAACCAUAACCAUUUAAAGAAAAUCCUCUUCUUAAUAGAUUUCAUUAUGAUUGCAAAAGAACUUAAAAACUACAUAGGAAAGUGGAAGACCAACUAUUUAUGAUACAUGUUGUUUCCUCCUGUGGUUUAAUGAAGUGGAGUGUAUGUGUGUGUGUGUUUGUGUGUACCUGGGGGUGGGCAGUGCUCUUUUUCUAAAACUAAUAUGCCUUAUAUGUUCAGGUUAUGCCCUUUGCAAUAAUUCAGUGUGUGUUUGGUGUGACAUGGCUUACUUUUCCACCAUCUUUGUAAUUUUAUGUAUUCCAUCUGCUUUGUGUGAAUUCGUGUAUUAUAGCAAAAUACAAGAGAAAUGGAUCUAUUUGCGAUGUCAUAAGGAAAAUCUUUUAAUAAACAUGUAAAUAAAAUAAAAAAUAUUUGUCCCCACCUUUUCCCCCAAAGCAACAGCAAGAACUAUUUUGAUAGAUGUUUUAUUUUUAAUGUUUUCUAUAAUUAAAAAAUGUGUAGCUUGCCAUAAUUAUUUUCAUAACCAUGAUACUACAAUUUUUUAAAAAUUAAUUUUAUCUUAAAAUACUGAAUGUUCUGACCUUUUAUAGAUGUUUUUAAUUUGUUUUAAAUAAUUUUAAGUUAUAGAGCUUGACACAAAUUUUCUAAUAAACUUUCCAGUCAAUUUA